AAAAAAAAAAAAUACCACUAUUCAAUUAUUAACUACUCUAAUAACACCCCUAUAUGUAUUUCUUUCCCUAUAAAUACCAAAUAAAGCCUCAAACUUACUACACAUAAAAACUCACCUUCAACAUCUUCCAUCUUGUUAUACACACAUCAAAAACUCAUUUCUUCUUUCUCAAACACACAUUUCUUUCAUUCUUCAAGAAAUUAAAGAUGGAGAACUUCCCAAUUAUCAACUUGGAAAAACUCAAUGGCACAGAUAGAGCUGCCACCAUGGAAAAGAUUAAUGAUGCUUGUGAAAACUGGGGUUUCUUCGAGUUGGUGAACCAUGGAAUACCACAUGAAGUAAUGGACACUGUGGAGAAAUUAACAAAGGGACAUUACAAGAAGUGUAUGGAAGAGAGAUUUAAAGAAUUGAUAGCCAAGAAAGGACUUGAAGGUGUUGAAGCUGAGGUUACUGAUAUGGAUUGGGAAAGUACUUUUUUCUUGAGACAUCUUCCUGUUUCUAACAUCUCUGAAAUACCUGAUCUUGAUGGUGUAUAUAGGGAAGUUAUGAGGGAUUUUGCUAAAAGAUUAGAGAAACUAGCAGAGGAACUCUUGGAUUUACUUUGUGAAAAUCUUGGUCUACCAAAAGGUUACUUGAAAAAUGCAUUUUAUGGCUCAAAAGGUCCAAAUUUUGGGACUAAAGUUAGCAACUACCCACCAUGCCCAAAACCAGACUUGAUCAAGGGACUCCGCGCCCACACGGACGCUGGUGGCAUAAUCCUUCUCUUCCAAGAUGACAAAGUGAGCGGCCUACAACUCCUCAAAGGCGAUCAAUGGAUCGAUGUCCCUCCUAUGCGCCACUCCAUCGUGGUUAACCUAGGCGACCAACUCGAGGUGAUCACUAAUGGGAAGUACAAGAGUGUGAUGCACAGAGUGAUAGCACAAAAAGAUGGGACUAGGAUGUCAUUAGCAUCCUUCUACAAUCCAGGAAGUGAUGCAGUGAUUUAUCCAGCACCAACUCUAGUUGAGAAAGAGGCAAAGGAUCAAAACAAACAAGUUUACCCCAAAUUUGUAUUUGAUGAUUACAUGAAGUUAUAUGUUGGUCUUAAAUUUCAAGCCAAAGAGCCAAGAUUUGAAGCCAUGAAAGCUAUGGAAACUGAUCCAAUUGCAACUGCUUAAUUAAUUACGUACAUUCAAACUCAAGAUUAUUUGUGAUUGAAGUAGUACAACACUUUAUUUGUUUCUUUAGUAUAGUGGAAUUUUAUAUAUUUUUGAGUGUCCCUACUACAUGUGUGGUAAAGAGGAGUAAAGUUUGUAUCUUAUACAGAUUUUGAUACCCAAAAUGAGUUGUGUUCCUUCUUUUGUCAUUA